AUGCUAAGAUCUACGCUAUCGAACUGGAGGGAAUAUUUGACGCCUAUAACUCACACGUCUACGUUUGAGACUACCGGCCAGUUGACUCCUGAAGAGUUUGUUAAAGCUGGGGACUACUUGGUGCACAUGUUUCCCACUUGGAGGUGGAAUGGGACGGACUACAACAAUGUGAGCUACAAGGACUUUUUACCGAAGGAGAAGCAGUUUUUAAUCACAAGGAAAGUACCAUGUAAGUUGCGAGCCAGCAAUUUUGUAGAGACACAGACCACAGAAACCAGAGAUGUUGGCGAUGGAUGGGAGUUGGAAGGCCAGAGCGAGGGCGAAAGGGAGAGCGGGCGUGAAGACACUAAAUCAAAUGAGGAGGCCCUUGCAAGUAAUAUCGAAGACUUGCAAAUUGUAGACGAUGAUGAAAGUGAAGGGGGCGGAGACGAAGAACAACUUUUGCAAAACGAACUUGCGGAUGAUGAUGAUGAUAUUGUGGACAUCAAGCCUUCCACAUUGCGGUACUACGACCUAUACAUAACAUAUUCAACGUCGUACCGUGUACCCAAGAUGUAUUUGUGUGGAUUUGCUAACGAGGGCACGCCUUUAUCGCCAGACCAAAUGUUCGAGGAUAUUGCCCCGGAUUAUAGAUCAAAAACUGCAACGAUCGAGCCCUUGCCAUUUUUCAAAGGGAACCAGAUAUCGGUAUCUAUACACCCCUGCAAACACGCGAAUGUCAUGAAGGUACUCAUGGAAAAAGUGCGAGCCUCUAGGCAUCGUGCCAGAGACACAGAAGCACAAAAAAAUGCCGAAGAAGACUGGGAAGAUUUGCAAUCGGAUAUCGACGACGGUUUACGGGUAGACCAGUAUCUUGUUGUGUUCUUAAAAUUCAUCACCAGUGUAACACCAGGAAUAGAGCAUGACUACACCAUGGAAGGAUGGUAG